ACUUUGUAGAAGAGGCCAGCCGUUCCUUGGCACAAAUGACUUUAGAAGGACAGACAGAGGGGUCAAAUGAACCAGAAACUAUUGAGUCUCUUCGUGCGAGCGAUCAUCGAGAAAAUUUAUCCGAUGAUUCCAGUAGUACCCACACCGGAACCAGGUCAGGCUUAUCAGAGUCGCAAAACCCCACUAUAACAGAUGCCCUAUCCUAUCUGGAACUGGUGAAAGCCGCAUUCCGCGAUCGACCACACGUUUAUACUCAAUUCCUAGAUACUAUGAAAGAUUUCAGGAGCCGGCGAGGAUUCGGUGCAUUCCUCCCUUCGGGUUAUAGUAUCGAGAGCGCCCCGAAUGCCGAAGAGGGAGUUCUCUUACUCGUUACUCCUUCUGGAACAAGCACUGUAUCGUUGCAGCUUCUGACGGGAAAUGCGUGAUGGUGGCGCAGCUUGGUUGUGUACAGUGAUCUUCGCCUCGUUUUGUACAUUGGUAGUUGUAGCAUUGGGAAACAUUGUAGCAGGAUUAGAGUCCAAUGAACGUUCAUACAGCAUCU